GAUAGAGACAGUAACAGCGUGUAACAGAACAGGAGCUUUAAUAUCUUUCUGAAGUGGAGUUGGUGUGGAGAUCUGUGAGAGUGAACUCAGGAUGAAGAUCCUCCUCAUCUUCACCCUCUGUCUGAUCUCAGAUGGAGGAGCCUCCAAGGAAGUAACAGGAUAUUCAGGAGGAGGAGUCCUUAUCAAGUGCAAGUAUGAUACAGAAUACAGACAAAAUACAAAAUAUUUCUGUAAGGGUUCAUGGCCAGGCUGUUCUGAUCAAAUAAAGACAGAAGUUAAAAACCAGUGGGUAAAUUCAGGAAGAUUUUCACUGUAUGAUGACACCAAAUCAGCAGAGUUCUGGGUGAUGAUCAGAGAGCUCACAGUACAGGACACUGGGACGUACCAGUGUGGAGUUGAUAUAAAGUCGUGGACAGACAUUUACACAACGGUGGAACUGAACGUAAAGGAGGAUCUAUCAAAUGAGAAGUCCAUCAAUAUGACUGUCCAUGUAGGAGGAGAUUUGACUGUCAGCUGUAAAUACCCAGAAUCCCUCAGGAGUAACCCCAAGUUUCUCUGCAAGCAGAAUCAAAAUGGUGCUUGUUCUUACAAAGAGGAAAGUAAAAAAAAUGUAACUAUGGGGAAAUUCUCCCUGUAUGAUGACAGAGCAAUACAAACCUUCAGUGUGAUUAUUAGAGAUGUAACUGAGCAGGACUCUGGUGAAUACUGGUGUGGAGCUGAAGCAGCCUGGACAUCUGAUCAUGGAUACAAGGUUUAUUUCACACGGAUCAACCUGACAGUUACUGAGUCACUUGUCCCAUUUUCAACUUCAUUACCACAAUCAUCAUCAUCAUCUUCAUCAUCAUCAUCAUCAUCAUCAUCAUCAUCAUCCACACUUCUCACAAAUACAUCUUCAACUCCUGCAGGAUUUCCAGCUUCCACUGUGAUCACUGUGUCUGUAAUUCUGCUGCUGUUUCUGAUUGGAAUCAUAAUCCUCAUUGUUAUUGUGCAAAAGAAACACAAGAUGCAAGGAGGCGCAUCUUCUAUUGGCAGACGUUCUGUUCAUGAGUCACAAAACGACCAAGUGGUUCCUCUUGAUGCCUGUGAAUAUGAGGAGAUUAAAUACACCAGACGACUUUCUGCCUCAGAUGCUGGAACCUUCACAGUUUACUCUACUGCUGAACUACCCACAAUCCCCUCUGAUCAUCACACAGUUUAUGCAAACUCAGACUUACCCACAAGACCCUGUGGUCCACUACAAACUGUUUAUGGCAAUGUGGCACUACACACAAGAGACUCCUGUGAGUCUAAUUAUUCUACUCCUCAACUACCUCCAAACCCUCCUGAUCAGGAUGUCUACUCAUCAUCUCUCACAGCUCAGAUAUACACAAAUCUGUCUGAUUCUUCAGUUGGCUGAGAAAUCUGCUGAAGAACUCUGAUGAAGAAAGUUGUUGAACUCAAAUAGGUCUUGUGUCACUAUGCUUCAUUUAGUCAUGUUACUUCAAUUAGGUAGUUUUUUUUAUUAUUAGGCCUUCUAGGUCAAGCUUCUCCCUUGGUGACAGUAUAGUAUGAGGUUAUGAGGGUAAGACAUGGACGUCUGGACUAAACAGUGAAUGCUUUUUUUAAAAAGGUUGUAAGAGCAGCUUGGAUAUCAUUUUAAAAUACACAACUGAGAUAGUAAAAACCCAUCAGAAUAAACAAAUUAUAUUAAAAUGUACAGCAUUUAGGGGACACCCUUUUCAAAAUGGCACACAAUAGCACUCUGAUAUUCAACAUAUGUGAUUAUCUGGAGGUUUUCAUCCAAAGUAGCAACAGAGACUUCCACAAUUCAGACACAGUGCUCUUUACUGUUUAUCAAGUCUGGUGAAUAUGGGUGUGGAGCUGAUGCAGUUUGGAAAUUACAUCACGGAUACAUCUUGGCUGUCACAAAGCAGAGGUGUUGAGAUCUCUGUCACAUGGGCAAAGUGAGAAACAGAGGAAGAUGCAAGUGCAGAUGGAGCGGUGUUUAAUAAACUCAGUGGAAAACAAUCCAAAACGUAGACAAGCAGAGCUUGAAUGAUAUCAGCAAAAGGACAUAAACAGACGUGUGAAAACAUGGAAGUCGGGUAACUGAAACAGAGGUCAAAAAAACAUGAGAUCUAACAAAAUAUGGCUAAGGCAAAAUGGUAAUAACACCAGGAUAUGUGAUUAUGUGGAGGUGUUUUCCCAAAGCAGCACCAGACACUUCUAUUAUUCAGACAAACUCAUGCUCUCUCAUUAUUAUCAUUUUCAUUCCUCUGUGGUGAAUGCUGUUCACUGAUGUUCAGUUUAAACUGUAUUUUUCUUC